UGGUGGAGAUUAGUAAGAGGCGGGUACUUUUACAAAGGGGGCUGCAAUGUAUGCACUAGUCAUGUCUUAGCAGGUUUCUUCUUGUCCAUUCCUCCUGACAUGGGAACAGAAACAGACCACUCAAGUAGUUGGAAUAACACAGCACAGAUGACAACAUCACCUUAGUGCCAGGAAAACCCCAGAUGGCUCUUACACAAACUCAGGAGCAAACCUUUAGAGGGGAGAGGAUCAAUAAGGAAACUGGAGAGCUGAGUGCUUCGGGAGAGUUAACAGUCUCUGUGGAGUUGAAGUCAGAGAAAGUGGAGGGCUCUUGUAGCAACCCUCAACUCACACAAGUGCUCAAAGAACAACUGCAGGAGCUGAGAAUUCAAACAGCCUGUACCCCUGACCACAGAGCUGUUACUCUGGAGCAAAGAAAGGACCAUCUGCGGAAAGUCCUGCCUCUAUACAUACAGGCCUGUGAAGAUGGUGGCCGAUUUGAAGGUUUGGACAUCAAGGAGCUCGCAGCUCUCACCGCUGACACUGUCAUCAGCAUUGUCCACAAGAGACUGGCAGACAGACCUGCAGAGGAGGCCCGUGAAAAGGUGGUGCAGUUCUUCAAGAGGCCAGAUAAUGACACAAAUCAUGAAAUGGAAGAAAGUUUAGGAUGGCUGCUGUUAAAGUCUCUCUUGCUGCUUACAGCUGACAGCUCAGAUAUACUGUCAUGUAUAAAUCAAGAACUCCCUGGUGCUUUGAUGAAAUGUCUGUACCUUCUAGUGUGCCUUCCAUCUAAAAAGGAGAGCAUCAAAAUAGAAGAAACCUUUCAGGAAACAUUAACACAGGUUAUUCUUCAGCUGUGUAGGCUGCCAGUCAACGUGGAGAUACUGGUAGAGACUCAGGAACUGCAGUGUCUUAUUAUUGGUCUCACGUCAUUAUGGGAUCAGACCAGUGCCACCUGGAGGUAUCAAGCCUCCCGCAUCCUCAAAGCAGUCUCUGCUGUAGCAACAAGCAACACUGUCCCCAGCUUACUAGGCAAGAACUGUGUUCGCAUCUGCAUCCAGAACCUCUUGCACAUCACUGGUGAUGUCUCAGGAUCACUGCUAGCUGAGGUGGCUGUGGCUGUGUUUAGCUUCAUUAGAGACACCUAUCACCUCAGUCCAGCCCUGUUCAUCGAGUUUGACACAAACAAUGGUUACAAGGCCCUCGAGAAUAUCCUGAAACGCUGUGAGGAGGGCGUGUCCUUAGAGCAGUUUCAGCCUGUGGAGGAGUUACUGGCUCUCAUUGGGUCUUUCACUCUUCUUGGAAAAACUGAACUGAAAGUGGCUCUUUGUGUCACCAACCCCCAACCUUCAGGCUUUAAAUUUGACCCUCCACUCACUAAAGGUUUGGCGGUGAAGAACCUUCGUGCCUUCCACUUGCUGCAGGCCUCCUUGAUGCAUUCUGAGGAUUCUCUGCUUGCCUGCCAGCUUCUUCGAACCUUACAGACAAUAUGGGAGAGAGACCCAGCCAAUUUCUUCCUCUUGGAGUGGACUGUUCAGUCAGUGGCCCAGCUGGCUACUUGUGUGUGGCGUAAACCAGCUCCCGUCCAGAAACUCUUCUUUUCCCUUGUAGAGAUGGUGAUAUUUAAAUUGAACUACAUCCCCCAUGAGACUUUGCGUGCGCUGUUGAAUGUGUUGAAGCAGAGCUGGGCUGGGACUCUGGCCGGGAUGACUAUGCACAGUGCAAUGCUUUCCGAGGCGCUAACUGACUUGGGUCUGCUGGAGCUGCUGCUUGGAGAACUCCGCAGGAGAGCUAAAAUCCUGAGGAAGGCUGGAGUAGUCUCUUGUCCUAAAAUGGAUUCUCAGCAGCUGCCAUGUAUCGAGGAAGGCGAGAAACUGCUCACUACUUGCAUGCUUCAAGUUGUGUCAGCCCUUACUCUGCGUUCAAUCAAAAACACAGUUUCAGUGCGAGACCUUGGUAUGAUUCCCUAUAUCAAGAUCUUCUUGGAUGUUGAUCAGUAUCGAGAGUCCACUUUGAGCAUUUUGGAGCAGCUAGCUGAGAUUAACCCAGAGGAAUUCAUGAGUACAGCCAUUGGAGCUCUCUGCUCCUCCACACAGCAGGAACUUGGAUUAAAGCAAGACCUUUUGCAGUCUUUGUUGAAGGUCUUGGAAAGCCCAAACAGUUGGGAUGCCUUCAGGAGGGCAGGAGGCUUCACUGGACUGUUGUCUCUGGUGACGGACAUGGAAGGAGCCCUAUCUAACCCUCCGCAGGGAGAAGUGUGGAAGUCACUGGGGCAUCAACCACUAGUUGACCACCUCCUCCUCACAUUGCACAUUUUGUCUGUGGUUGUGCAUCUUCACACUGCAAAUGCCCAUCAUUUUGAGACUGGUGGCUUUUAUGAAAAACUGGCAGAGGCUCUACUUCAGCUUGGCUGCUUCCAUGCUGAAGGCUCUGGGAGAGAGAAGUGGGUUGGUGAAAAGUGCUCCUGUCCCUGGACUGGAGAAGAAAACCAGGCUCCUGGAAAGAGCUUCUACCAGUUUGUUGAUUUGGCAGAAUCCCCUGUAGCUUCUGCCUCUCCCUCCACACCACAGCCCAAUCUGCCUCUCACUCUUCAGACAUGUAUAAGGCUGCUCUCCUUUCUCGACCAGUUUGCCACAGGAACAUACUCUCCUCAGAAGUUAAAUUUAGGACCAGAGCGAGAGGAUGGAUGUGAUGACAAUAAAAGAAAAUCAAAUAGAACAGCAGCACAUGAAGGAGUUUAUUCAGGAUCUCCUCCUGCCCACUUGGGAUCAGGCCCACAGUCCAUGGAGGACAAACAGGGAAGUUCCAGAAACAUGGUGACCAGGAGUCCCUCAGUUUGCACGGAGUCUCAGUACAGGUGGAGAGCAAUCAGAGUUAUUAUGACUCUCCUUCCAUCGGUUUUUACUCACGAGGACCCACAGCUCUCAAUGGAAGUCCAACUCUCACUUGCACACCACAUCCAGGCAAUGGUCAAAUCUGAGCGAAACCGUCAGAUUAUGUGUGAGGGUGGGCUGGUCUCCAUCCUCCUGGCCCACUGUCAGAGCAUGUUGCUCACUCCUGACCACCCACUACAUCUACCUGUUACACGCAUUUUGGAGAAGCUCUCUUCCCAGUGCAUCACUCCUUCAGACUUCAGAAAAUUCCUGUGUUUGGGGGAUCCUCUCAUGUGUUUGGGAGACAAAACAGCCAAGCAAAUACAGUCAGAAUGUAACCCAGAAACCAACGGACCUGUAUCAAAUGGUCACAAUACAGGGGUAAAGACAUUGAAGCGCAGCUUCAGUUUGUUGCAGUCUACAAACUCCAUUGGUUCAGCAAUCCCUGUCCACCAGAUCCUCAGUCUCGUGUCCAUGACUUCACCGCGGACCUUUAAACCACACAGACUCUCUUGCUCACCUGCUUUUGUGGAGUUUGACAUGAGUGAGAGUGGAUAUGGCUGUCUUUUCCUCCCCUCUCUGGCCACAGUGAAAGGCGUGACUGCUGAUUCAGUCUCAACAGGUGGAAUUGGAGGAGACUGCAGAAGUUUUCCACCUACAGCUGGUCUUUCAUUUACCUGCUGGUUCCAGAUCAACAGGUUCAGUUCAGCCUGCGAUUCCCACCCAAUCCGCUUACUGUCUGUGGUUCGCCACAUGUCCCGCACUGAACAACAGUACAUCUGUUUGUCCAUCUCCUUCUCAGCCUAUGACGGCUGUCUGGUAAUAUCUACAGAGGAGGAAGCAUUAACAUAUCUAGAUAUGAUGGAGCCGGAAGCUGAAGUAAGCAGUCCCACAUCUUUGCCUACGUCGCUGAGGUUCCGUUGCUCCAGUAUGCUGGUCCCAGGUCAGUGGCACCAUCUGGCUGUGGUCAUGGCCAAAGACUUGAAGAAGAGCUGUGUGACCUCGGCCUACUUCAAUGGCAAAGCAGUGGGGACAGGAAAGAUGAAGUAUAUUCAGCCAUUCCCUGGUCAGCAUGUCUCCAUGGACCCCUCAGCUGUGAUUGAUGUAUAUGGAGUAAUGGGGACACCACCUCUCUGGAAGGAAUAUGCUGCUGUAGUGUGGCGAGUGGGUCCGUCUUACCUUUUCGAAGAGGCUUUGAGCUCUGAGGCAGUGGGUGCUAUAUACACACAAGGCACCGCAUACCUUGGCAAUUUUCUGGCUUUGCGAAACACAAGCCAUGAUCGAGAUCAUGACUCUCUCCCUCUCAGACUUGUUCCUGAGGAGAGGAUCUCAUUUGGCAUUAACCCAGCAGUUUCCACAUUAACAACUGUUGUUCAGAUCAGAGAGGAUUACAACGAGGUGGAUUGCAGGCUGAUUGCUAAAGAGAUGGGGAUAACAUGUCGCGAUCAGUCCACCCCUGUGUUCCUUGCUCAAAACAUCAGCCAACACCUGAGUGGUACAGCUCGUACCAUAGGAGCAGCGCUGGUUGGACAUUUUGGUGUGCGUACGUUCACCCCUAGUUCUGCAUCUAAUGGUUUUCUGUACGUCGGUGGACCUGCUGUUGUUCUCAGUCUGGUUGCAAUGGCACCAGAUGAUAGCUCUUUGUAUGCAGCAGUUAAAGUCCUUCAUUCUGUUUUGGAGACCAACUCUGCCAUGCAGCAGGAAAUGAACCGCAUAAAUGGAUACAAGCUGCUAGCUUUCCUGCUGAAGAUGAAGAGCAGUCUGGUCAGCCACCGAACCUUUCAGUUGGUUCUGCAUCUCACAGAUUCAUUUGAGCCGGGCUAUGGAUCUGGUUGCCUACAGAAAACACCUGCUUUCCAAGCUCUGCUGUGUGACCUAGAUGUGUGGCAGAAUACUCCAGACAGUCUGCAUCUUUCAGUUCUGAACUACUUUGCUGAAAUCCUGAAUUCCUCAGGUGACAACGGGAAUGCAGCAGUCAUCCACAGCGUGGACAUGUUACCAAAGCUGCUAUUUGAGUUGUGUGACCCUGCUGUGACCAUUCAGAAGGUUGUGAUUAUUUCUCGUGUCAUCACAUCUCUCCUUAAGGUUUACUUGACCGCCACUGACAUAAGCAGACUUGGGCUUUUCCUGGUCUACACUCUUCCUCCUUCCAGUAAUGCACCAGAAAGCGGUGAAAUAUCUGAUGUUUCACAAGAUGUGCCAGCUCAGAGUACCGGCCCAGCCAGCCUCAUCUGGAUCCGCAACCAGAUGCUGCUUUUGCUUUGCGAAAUCCUUGAGCCAGACAACUUUUUAAACAAAGAUCAACAGAAGGUCGUAUUUGAUGCCUUGGGCAGUGAUUGGUUCCUGUUCUUCCUUCAGCCACACCUUCAUCCUUCCACAUUUAAACUGGGUCUCAUUCUCCUCACACACUUUCUGUCAAGUCCAAGCCAGCAGAGAAGCUUCAGAGACGGAGUUCUUCCAGGAACACUCAUUGGGGGCAUGGAAGAACCCUUUGCUGUCAUGGACAAUCUUCAAGCCAAUUCUUGGUCUCACGAGUGCGUCAGUACCACGUGUUCUGGUUUUGAUGUACUGCGGGAGUUGCUGAUCAAACAGUCUCAUCUACCUCACGUGUAUGAAGCUCUGGCUGCUCUGCUCCAGGGGAAGAAGACCAGUCACACUGCAAAGGGAAAUGUUUGUUUGGAUGAUAUCCUGCAGCCACUUAUUGACAACCAAGUGGAGACUCCUGCCCAGCCCCUCUGUGUUGAAGCUGGUUUAAUAAUGGUGGAAUUGGUCAAAGUUGUUGUCACUCAGCCCUUUUCGCCAUCGAAGUGCAAGUCAGUCACUGAUACAUCAUGGGAGUCACAGCUUCCAGCAAGCGUGAUGCAGUUUCUUUGUCUCAUUCAUAACCUCCGGCCAAGAGACCCACUGUGGGCAUCACCCACAUUCCUGCACGCGCUCGCUGGCGUUGUUUUCCCUCUGGAUAUUUCAGAGGGGGCCAGGAAGUGCAACAUAGUAAGUGAAGGCGAGGAUACAGUCAAGAGUCAUCAAACCCAGAAACCAGUCCUUGAUUUCAUCCGUAUUCUUCUUAUGGACAGUCUUCUCAAUGUGUCUGCCAACACCAACGCUCAUCCUUUUGUUCUGCUACUGGAGUUUUCCCCUGAUGGUGCAUCAUUUGAACAGAGCCAGAGUUUUCAGAGUGAGUUGCUGGAGCUGGUCAUAAAUAUCAUCUACAUGCUCAGCGAUGAGGAAGACAACAACACUCAUCUGAGUUCACAAGACUCCAGUAGCGAGAGGCCUGAAGGACGGAUGGUUACACUGAUGGAGAAUGUGGUGCUUUUCAGUCAGACUUUGCUAUUGAAACUUUACAUCGGAACUUAUUUGGCAGACUGUGAGAUUUUGCUCAACUUCCUCGCAGAUCAGAUUGUGGUGGCUCUAGAGAAAGGCCAAAGUCAAAAAGAGAAGAUUGUGUCUGACCUCUACUCAUGCACCAAUAAAGUCCUCCUUUACUUCUUGUCUCAACCGCGACAUUCCCAAGAAGAAAAGGAAGUGGUCAUCAAGGCAUUGCAGACCUUAAUGGAACGCUGGGAUGUUGUAAUGGCAACUUACAAUGGAAAUGCCAACUUUGUUACUUGCCUUCUUCACUGUUUGUUACUGAUACGUUCUGGCAGCUAUCCUGAAGGUUUUGGGUGUGUGGCACAAAAACGGAGCAGAAGUUCAUCCAGCCUGUCUCUUGCCAAAACUAAGCAAUCCAGAUCCCUCAGCAAUGGAGGAGAUGGUUUGACAGAUGAGAGCCAGCUAGUGUCCUUAGUGGAGGCCUGCUGGUCAAAGGUCAUAUUGGAGAGGCAACGCAUGCUUGAAGAAACCUAUAAGAUAGAGAUCUCAGCGAGCCACAAAGUGCAGACAGAGCCUGUCAGCAUGACUGACAUUAGUCCUCUUUGGGAGGAGAUGGCACGCAAAGCCUGGCUUCUACACACAGAGUAUCAGAAUAAGAAAGUGGCCAGCAGCUCUCAGAAGAAGUUUGACAUCAGCAGUGCUCUUCGCUCAGCUUUGGGAAAAUCAGUUCCAGAGUCAGUAACUGUAGAGGAGUUUUUGUCCAACAUGGAAUCGCAUCGACAGAGAGGCUACAAAGUGUUGGAAAAAAUGAGGGCAAACCACUUACAGGUACGUGCCUCUGAGUGGGAGCAUUUGAGCUUCACGUGGCUGAAACUGGAGGCCGAGCUGCUGAGGGAAAGAGCCGUUUUCGGACCUGGCCCAGGAGUGCUGUUGAGCCAAGAUUGGGUGCAAGACGCUGCUGAAGGACGCAAUCGAACGAGAUCACGUAUUCGCAGAAAGACUCUGAGACAGUCCAAACGGGCGCUAGGAAUGCUGGGUAUAAGGCCCGACAUGUCCGAAGUUGGCAAAAACAGAUCAGAAAGUGACGCGGAGCCUAAGCUCUUGUGUGAAGUUGCUGCUGAGGUUAAAGACGAGGAAGAGGAUGGAGGACAUUUAUGUGAUCGACUGACUUUUUUCCCUGCACUGAAAGACACACCUGUUAUCACCGAGGAUCUACCCGACCCUUUAGCUCCUGUGCCCUGCUCCCUCACGCAAGACUGCCCGGACAUACGUGUCAUCCUGCAGGAGCUGCUCCCAGGAGAGGAGGUAAUCUCUAAGAUAUGUGUUGUGAUGGUGAGCGGCCUCAGAAUCACAGAGGGUUUGCUGCUGUUUGGGCAGGAGAGCCUGCUCUUGUGUGAGGGAUUCACCCUCAGCCCUGCUGGAGAUGUUUGUUGCAGGAAGCACCACCCCAGCAGUGUGAGGGAUUCCUUUAUUUCUACCAUGCUAAAUAAAGACCUGCCAGCAGCCAGUUGCAAAUGCUGGCUGUAUGAAGAUAUCAAGGAGGCACGCUUCAUGCGUUUCCUUUUAGAGGAUGAUGCUAUUGAGAUCUUCAUGAAAAACGGUCACUCAGCCUUCCUGGUAUUCCUGAAUAAAGACCAUGUCUCUGCUUAUAAAAGGUUGAGCAGAGUAGUGCCAGCCUUAAAGGGCAGAGGAGUUGCUGAGGUCAUUGCUAAUGCCAAAAAGACUCCUGUGGUUGAAAAGAUGGCCCUUGUCAAAUGGCAGAAGGGGGAGAUAAGUAACUUUGAGUACUUGAUGCAUUUGAAUACGAUCGCUGGGAGGACAUACAAUGACUUGAUGCAGUAUCCGGUUUUCCCCUGGAUCAUUGCUGACUACAAGUCAGAGAUUCUUGAUUUGUCAAAUCCUGCAACGUUCCGGGAUUUGUCCAAGCCGAUGGGAGCUCAAACAGAGAAAAGGAAACGGAUGUUUAUCCAGAGAUACGAAGAAGUUGAAGGCAAAGAGAGUGAAGACCUGACAGCACAAUGCCACUACUGUACCCACUACUCCUCGGCCAUUAUUGUGGCAUCCUUCCUUGUCAGGAUGGAGCCAUUUUCCCACACCUUCCAGGCGCUACAGGGAGGGUUUGAUAUCCCAGAGCGGAUGUUUUACAGUAUAAAGAAAGAGUGGGAGUCUGCCUCAAGAGACAACAUGGGGGACGUCAGAGAGCUGAUCCCGGAGUUCUUCUACCUGCCAGACUUCCUGAUCAACUCCAACCAAAUCCAGCUAGGCUGUAUGGAAGAUGGCACAGCUCUGGGAGAUGUCGAGCUACCUCCAUGGGCAAAAGGUGACCCCCAGGAGUUCAUUAGAAUCCAUCGAGAGGCACUGGAAAGUGACUAUGUGAGCGCCAACCUACACCUGUGGAUCGAUCUGAUUUUUGGAUAUCGGCAACGAGGUCAAGCUGCAUUAGAAAGUGUGAACACGUUCCACCCUUACUUUUACCCCCAGAAACGCUGGCAGGACACUAAAGACCCUGUCAUCAAGAGCACAAUCUUGGGAUAUGUCAGCAACUUUGGACAAGUUCCCAAACAGCUCUUCAUCAAGCCCCAUCCGCCUCGCAGUGGCUCUAAGAAAGAAGGGUCAUCAACACAUCAGCCAACUCCAUUUUAUUUCAAACUGGAUAAGCUAAAGACCCCUGCGCAACCAUUCAGAGAGCUGUCAAGAGGCCCGGUAGGUCAGAUACUGUGCUUGGAAAAAGAGGUCUUGGUUCUGGAGAAAAACCAGCUCCUCCUGUCACCGCUACUGUGCUGCUUCUUCAGCUGGGGAUUUCCUGACAACAGUUGUGCCUUUGGAAACCAUGCCACAGAAAAGACGUUUGCAGUGUGUGAGAGUUUAUGUGACUGGGGAGACAUAUUGUGCGCCGCCUGUCCCAAUGUGACCACCGUCAUCACUGCAGGAACCAGCACUGUCGUUUGUGUGUGGGAUGUGGCAGUCACUAAGGAUAAACUCACUCACAUGAAACUCAGACAGCCGUUAUAUGGUCAUACGGAUGCAGUGGUGUGUCUCGCUGUGUCUGAGGUCCACAGCAUAAUAGUGAGCGGCUCUCAUGACCUCACCUGUAUCCUGUGGGACUUGGAAGAGCUAAGUUAUAUCACUCAGUUAGCAGGACACACAACCAUCGUCUCUGCACUGGCUAUCAAUGAUCUAACUGGAGAGAUUGUGUCAUGUGCUGGACCGCAACUCUACCUGUGGACCAUGAAGGGCCAGCUGUUGACCUGCACUGACACUUCCUGUGGGCCUCAGUCAAACAUCCUGUGCAUCAGCUUUACACAGAGACACGAGUGGGAUUCCAGGAAUGUCAUCAUCACAGGCUGUGAGGAUGGCAUUAUACGGAUAUGGCGGGCAGAGUACACCAGAACACAAUUACCUGCCCCUCCAGAAGAGCCUGUGUCCCCAGGGCAAGACCAAACAGAGAGAGACGUGAGCAACUCCAGCCAGGCUAAAGGCUGGGAGAGACAUCUGGUGUUACAUCAAGAGCUGAACAGAAGUCAAGCUGUGUCACAGCGGCGCUACAAAAAUAAUCCAGCCAUCACAGCGCUGGCUAUGUCCAGGACUCAUGCUACUCUGUUGGCAGGCGAUGCCUGGGGCCAAGUUUUCACCUGGACGUGUGAGUGAAAACACAAUUUCUGCACGCCCUUUAUCCUCCCAGAGAGACUCUGAUGGGAAAUUCAUUAGUAUCUCAGGUCUGACUGCAGCUGAGCAGCAGAAGGUGUGUGUGUGUGUGUGUGUGUGUGUGUGUGUGUGUGUGUGUGUGUGUAUUUUCUCAGAAAACAGUGUUGCAACAUUUGAUGCAUUUAGACGAAACAUGA